GCGACAUUCUGUCUACUGAUGUUAGUAUAAAAUGUAAACAUCUUUCUUUUUCUUUUAAAUUUAGAUUGGUAAGUCAUGGGCAGUGAGCCCGAGUGGACAUGGUGUACUAUCAUUGUCGUCAUCAUUCUCGUUGUUCUUCUGCUUCUAAUGGUCGUUGGUGGGACUUGCGGCUUCGCAUUCUACAUGAGUGACAGUCGCUAUAUCAAAUGUGACCACUGGUCAAUACAAGCCUGUCCAAAAGGAAAAAAAUACUACAAUAAACCCUUUUUUUUUCAAUUGAGAGUACGAACUAUUUUGUGUAGGCGUGGCUCAUGCUGUCAACUUGAAACCUCGUGUUGUCCUUAGUGUGAAAAGUCUGCGGACACAGCUGCCAACUAUGUGGAACUGGUGCACUAUCUUGCUACUGAUCAUCCUGAUCAUGUUCCUAGUGAUUGUGAUCAUAGCUGCUUCCUGUUUCUGUGCUAUUAAUAUUAAAAAAGGAAAUGAACGCCGUAAUCCACCAUCAGACUUAUAUCCCUUUCCCAUGGAUCUCUACCCUACGUCACAGCGGUCGUUUGUCGCUCCGCCCAGAGAUAACAGGAUCGAAUCCACAGCCCCAGUAACAUACAGCCAACAGUCUAUGCCCAUGUUGACGCCCUACCAGCAAUACAUCAUAGCACAAAACUGGAGCAACUUGUACAGGGCCUACCAACAGAACCAGAACCAAGGCAUCAAACAGAAAACUUGAUACCAAGUAACUGACGGUCUUCGGUUUGGGCUAGACCGCAUCUCAUCUCAUCUCACUAAACACUACUUUCAAAGAUCGAUAAUUCUUCAUCGAAUUUCAUUUCAUCGCUUACGUCCCUUCUUAAGGGCGGGCAUCCAUUAGUAAUAUCUGUACCUUGAAAAUAAUGAAAUAAAUUGAUGUCCAAAUUUAUUGA